AUGUCCAAGCCAGACACCGUUCACGAUGAGAUGGGGAAAGGGGUCGAGGCCGAGGCCCGACAUCAGCGAGUGCCGCUGACUGAGGAGGAGAGCAAACGCAUCUGUCACAAAACCGAUCGAACCAUUCUCCUCGUGCUCAUCUGGGUCUACUUCCUGCAAAUUCUGGAUAAGACGGUACUCGGAUACGGUGCUACGUUCGGUUUGCAGGAAGACACGGGGCUGACGGGGAAUCAAUAUUCCCUAGUAGGAUCUAUUGGGCCCAUCGCUCAGCUUGCCUGGCAGCCCUUCUCCUCAGUCCUCAUCGUAAAGGUACCGCACAAGAUUCUCAUGCCGACUUUGUGUCUGGGAUGGGGAAUUGCUCAAGCAUGCAUGGCAGCUUGCCACAACUUCAGCUCCCUCAUGGCUACCCGCUUUUUCCUCGGCCUCUUCGAGGCCGGAUGCUUGCCACUCUUCAGCAUUAUCACCAGUCAGUGGUAUCGCCGGGCGGAGCAGCCAUUGCGCAUCGCAGCGUGGUACAGCACCAAUGGACUAGCCACCAUCGUGGCGGCUGCUUUAUCUUAUGGUCUAGCCCAGAUCCAGUCCGACGUCCUAUUCCCCUGGCAAAUACUUUUCCUCUUUGUUGGUUUGCUGACCAUCGUUUCGGCCCCGAUCGUGUACUGGCGCCUAGACAAUGAUAUCUCCACUGCACGCUUCCUGACCGAGACCGAGAAGGCGCAGGGAGUGGAGCGUCUCCUCGCCAAUCAAACCGGCACCGGUAAUACCGAAUUCAAAUUCAGCCAUGUGUUCGAAGCGGCAUUGGAACCCAAGACUUACCUUUGGAUCGGAAUGGCCAUGCUCCUCAACAUCGGGGCCAGCGUGACCAAUGUGUUCGGUCCGCUGAUUCUCGGCGGUUUGGGCUACGACAAAUAUAGAACCACUCUACUGACCAUGCCCUUUGGUGCACUGCAAUUUGUAAUCAUUCUCCUGGCCAGCUUCCUGGCUCAAACAGCGCGACUAAAGGGCGCCAUCUUGGCCGCCUUUAUGCUUCCCGUGGUUGCCGGCCUCGCCAUUCUCUUCGCAGUUGCUCGUACAAAGUCGGAGCAAAGUGCUCUUCUCGCGGGGUACUACUUGCUCUCUUUCAUUUUUGGUGGCAACCCGUUGAUCGUCACAUGGAUUAUUGGCAACACGGCCGGGAGCACCAAAAAAUCCGUCGCCAUGAGUUUGUACAACGCGGCGACCUCUGCUGGCAACAUCGUGGGUCCCUUGUUGUUUUCUUCAACGGAGGCACCCGGCUAUCAUCCCGGUCUGCGUGCCUGUCUGGGUAUCUUCAGUGCUUUGACCGCUGUCGUGAUCAUUCAAUGGGGCAACCUGUUGUUCCUCAAUCAACAACAGGCCCGCCGUCGAGUUCGUAACGGGAAGAGCGCCCAGAUCAUCGAUCACUCGAUGCAAAGCAACUUCCACGGUAUCGAAGAUAAUACAGACGAGGCUGGACAGGAAGUGGCUCACGCUGGGUCUAAUGUUGCCGAGGAUCUCACUGACCGAGAAAAUGAUGAGUUUGUGUAUAUCUACUGA